UUGUGCCAUUUAAAGUACACAGAGGAGCUUUUAUUCUGAGAGUAAACUGUUAAAAACUGUUAAAAAAAAAAGUUUUUAAACUUAAAAACUGAAUUGAAGUCCCAGGAAUAUGGAUAAUUAUAGUAUCAAUGUGGCUUUGUCUUUACCUGUUAUUUUGUAAUUUUUUAAUUUAUAAGUUGGUAACGUUAGCAGAUGUUACUGUUAGUUAUGCUCUGCUUUUUAUGGGAAAAUAUAUGGAUAGUUUAAUAGUUUUUACAAUAAUUUAUUCUCGUUCUUAACAUAAUUUCUUUACAUUUUGUUUAUAGUCCUGUUUGUACUAUUUCAUAUUCAUUAAACAUUAAUAAUGAACAUUCAGUUACACAUUAUUUUAAUGUUUCCCUGUCACAGUGUAACUACUAUUAAUUGUAAUAUUAAACGUACUUAUUAUAGAGUUAGAUUUUGGUUUAGGGUUAGUUGCUUGUGUGCAUGCAUAAUUUGCUGUUGUGACUAUAAUAAGUAUAUGUAACAGGAACAUUAAAAUAAAGUGUUACCGAAUAUUCUUUACAGAGGAGAGUUUUGUGUAAUGGCACAGUUGGGGUGGGCAUCAACCGCCUGAAGAUGUCACUUGAUGUAAUUUACAACCGUCCAAUCACAGGUCAUGUAACAAGGGAUGGGGCAAUGUCUUUGUUUUGAUUGGUUAAAAGGUCGAGUUGGGAUGAUAGACGCGCCCUGGCGAAUGCAAUCUGACAGUCAUACUCGGCAAAAUGUCCACGCGCAGCGCAUGACUGAGAGGAGGAUUAUAGAAGAUACUCAUCUGCUUUCUUAAAAAUGGCACUGUAAAAAUUAUUUGUCAGUUAUCCUAACAAAGUACUUUACUAAUAUGUUUUUUUUAUUCACAGACUGCUAAAAAACGUAGGCCUGUUUCUUGUUGAAAGGCAAACUAAACAGCCUGUCCAUCACUUGUUUCCGGGCAUUCCGCGAAUUCCGCGAUUGAAACAUGGAUUUCGUUCUCAGCGGCGUCGCUGCGUGUGGCGCUUGCUUUUUUACAAACCCUCUGGAGGUUGUCAAAACUCGAAUGCAAUUGCAAGGAGAGCUAAAAAGCCGAGGAACCUACCAGGUGUAUUACAGGAAUGUAUUUCACGCCUUUUACACGAUAGGCAAAAUAGACGGACUGGCUGGUCUUCAGAAAGGUUUGGUCCCCGGGUUGGUUUAUCAGUUUUUCAUGAAUGGGAUCCGUUUGGGGUCCUACGCCAUCAUCGAGUCCUUGGGCUACAUUCACACGGACGGAAGGGUCAGCGCUGCAAAGAGCACAGUGUCCGGGGCCAUUGCCGGUGUGGUGGGCGCUGUAAUGGGCAGCCCUAUUUACCUGGUAAAGACACAUCUCCAGAGUCAGUCUACUUCCUCUAUUGCAGUUGGACACCAGUAUAAGCACAAGGGCAUGAUGCAUGCUCUAUUGGCCAUCCACAAACAGCACGGAAUUCUGGGUUUGUGGAGGGGGGCAAGCGCAGCGGUCCCAAGGGUCAGUGUGGGGUCAGCUGCUCAGCUCUCUACUUUCUCUGCCUCUAAAGAGCUGGUCACUGACCUACAGGUGUUCUCUGAGGGCAGCUGGUUAAUAGCGCUGAGUGCUGGUAUGAUCAGCAGUGUAGUAGUUGUAUUAGCUAUGACUCCUUUUGAUGUGGUCAGCACUCGACUCUACAACCAGCCUGUGAAUCAUCUUGGCAAGGGUGUAUUGUACAGAGGUUUCUUGGACUGUUUCUCUAAGACACUGAAGAAGGAAGGAAUGACUGGUUUGUAUAAAGGACUCGGAGCCUCCUACUUCCGCCUCGGACCUCAUACCAUCCUUUCUCUGCUUUUCUGGAAUGAGCUGCGCACUUUGUACCAUAGCAACUGCUAGCGUUUUGCUAUUGCCUGCAGCAAAAAUAUCAACUGAUGUUUCCCUGAUUAGCUGAUUAAAGAAGCAAUCAAGCACUAAGGUAUGAAAGACCCUUGCUAUAUUUUGAAUAUAGUCACAACGCACAGCAGAGUGACUAUACUCGCAAUGCAGCAUGGCCUCAAGUGCCUUAUUACAUUUAUAAAGCAGUUACUACAUAUAAAAAUAUUAAGAACAUUUUUUAAUAAAACAUUAUUUUAUUAAGCAUCAAUCUUCAACUGGCAACCUUCUACUAGAAGUACUUCCUGAUAUAACAAUGUUGCUAUGCAACAAAAAUUAUGCGCUAUGGGAUUUGCGCAGUGAUGUGGUAAACUGAGCCAUUACUAUAUGGUGGAAUAGCACAGCUGGAAUGCUGCACUGACCAAGAAGCCAGGACUGGAAUUAACCAUAACACUCGUUUAGGAGGUACUGUAUGUAGAAUGAUAUUUUCAUAUAUUAUAUAUUACAUUAUAUACACAUCACACUCCAGCAAAGUUUUGCAAAAGGUUUAAUGGAAACAUAAUAUAUCUACACUCACUGGCUGAAUCAAAGUUACUGUAAGUUUUGCGUGCACUUGAAUUAUGCUAAUUAAUUUCCUGAAUCCUGAUUCUGAUUGGGUGACUCAUGUUCCAAGGGUGUUAACUGUUAACUGAAAGAUUAAUUCUUUUAAAAAUACUUUUUAUAUAUAGUUUAACCCUUUCCUAAAGAUUAAAUGUGAUCCACUGGAUCAGAAUCAGUUGAACUGUUCUGUUUUAUUGUAUUAUGAAUUGCAUGAUAUACUGUAAAUUUAGUUCUCACAGAGAUUGUGGUAGAAUGACUGAAACACAAAUAGUCUUUUCAUUUUGUGACUGACUUGACAGCUGUAAUCUUGCUGCUAAUUAUUAAUCAUGACUGGAAGAGCAAAGACUUGCUUUUUGAGUAGUUAGAAGUUAGAAUGAGUUUACAUUCAAACUGACUGGUUAAAACAUAACAUCAGAAAUAGUUUUUUUUUUCUCCCAACAGUCUUGUCUUGUUUGCUGAUGCCUAUAAAUGUAAGAAUGUCUCAUUUGUUUCAAAUUUGGUUGCUUGGCUGGAAGAUAAAUUAACAGAGAAAUAGAAUUAAACCUUACCAUCUUUGAUUGUACAAUUGACAGUUUCAUGUCAUGUGCUCAAAGUCUCUCGAAUAUUAGGACAAUAAGACACUAUUCAAUGGGACAUAGAAUAAUGGUCACCAUUUGCCUUAAUUGUGCUCUACUGAAUGUGUAUCUACUGCAACUCAUGUUUGAUGAUUUAGAGAAACUAAUGUAACUAAUUAUAUGCAAUCAAUUAUUUAUUAAGAUACUAUAAAUGUAUAGGUACAUAUAGGGUCUGUAACAUGACAGUAUAUAAUUUGAAAAUAAAUUAUUUUUAAAAGAA